CGACAUAGUUUAGCGGCGUAUGUCGGGAAGGAAACGUUUCGAAGGAAAGAAUUAAAAGUAUAAAAGUAAACAUUUGGAAAAUAAAAUGUAUGUUGGAGAAGAAAGAGCUUACUUGAAGCCGGAAGUAACGCCCGCAGCAUGGAACUCUUAUGAAAUGCCUCGCCAAACCUCAUGGAAUAAUGUAGACUAUGAGCAAAUGGACAAAUCAAGAUUUUUGCCUUUCGGAACAGAAGGUGAUCCUCAAUCUUGGACAUCGGAACAAGUAAAUAGCUGGUUGAGAUAUCAAAUAAACAAACUGGGCUUGGCAGAGUCUAUUUGUAGUAGUCUGACUACCAAUUUUUUGCAUGUCGAUGGUAAAGAUUUGUUUAAUAUGACACUAGAUAACUUUGUCGAUGUCUGCGCUAGCAAGGAAAUUGGUGAAUUACUAUAUCAGGCCUAUCAAUCUCUGAUAAGAGGUCGAAACUCUCCGAAAUUCGGUAAUUAUUCAUUUCCCUCUUAUUCAACGCCAAGUUUAACGGCAAGCUCCAAAAAUGAGCAUCCAACGUAUGGAAAGUCUUCCUGGUUUCCGCAGUGUUCUGAAAGCCAAGGCUAUUCACACCACAUGCAACUAAAAGGAUUAGACGGACAGUUUUCUAGACAUCAAACGUUAGACCCUUAUCAGGUUCUUGGUCCGAUUUCAAGUCGCCUUUGCAACUCGGGUUCAGGGCAAAUUCAGCUUUGGCAAUUCCUACUCGAACUGUUGUCCGACUACAAGAAUCAAUCUUGCAUCACUUGGGAAGGAACAUCUGGAGAAUUUAAACUCGUGGAUCCCGAUGAGGUAGCAAGACGUUGGGGCGAACGAAAGUCAAAACCAAAUAUGAAUUAUGAUAAACUUUCCCGAGCUUUACGCUAUUACUAUGAUAAGAAUAUUAUGACAAAGGUUCACGGAAAACGUUACGCCUACAAAUUCGAUUUUGCAGGCCUAACUCAGGCUAUUCAACCAACUUCUGAUCCUUCCGCCUAUAAAUAUCAUCAAGACCUUCUCAUGUCCACCUACCAUCAUACAUCGAAGCUAAACUUCAUGGCUCAUAUGGCACCACCUGGUGGACAUUUCUUUCACCCGUCUUCCUCCUACUGGACUAGUGGCCAUAAUUCGUUCUACCCAACUUUACAGCCAAAUGCUUCUCACUCCUCCUCCCUUUCUUCGAGCUCUCCCUACUCCUCAGCUAGUUCUUAUUGUGCAUGAUUUAACGAAGAUUAAAGCGCUAAGGAAUAUCCUCAGCCAAAAUUAUUCACUUACGGAAAAACACAAAACACACAGUAUACAAAAAAAAAUCUCACCAAGUAUAGUAUGUAGCGCAAACUUAACAGAUGGCGCUUUAUACUAAAAAAACUAUAAAAAUUUAUGUAUAGUUUAAGAAUCUAAUGUACAAAAACUUUAAUUAAAAGACGAGGUUAUAUAAUAAUAAUCAUAAUAAUAAUCAUAAAAAACAGCAAAGAAUUUUCGCAAUGUCCCCUUUUUCUUAUAAUUCCUUUAUUCAAACUGUCUAAUCCCUACUUUCUAUAUGACCCAAAAUAUAGAAAGUAGUCUUUUUUAUUCGUACAAACGAAAAAAAGAAAAAAAAAUUUUGAGAUAUUAUAAUACAUAUAAAUAAGAUUGUAAAUAAAUAAUAGAAUUAAUCAAAAGAAGUACGAAAUAAAGGGUUUAUAUAGUAAAAUAUGACUAAAGGGGGAAAGUUAAUACAACGACUAUACUCAAUUCACAAUUACAGUAUUCGGACUUGGCAAAAGAGAAGAAAGUAAACUAUAUUUUGCUGUAGUCAAAAAAAAAAAUGGUUAUAAAAAUGUUACAAAAAAAUUAAACACAAUUUAGAGGAAUAUAUAAUUGUCUCGUUUAAACUGUAAAAAAUUAGUUUGUAUCUUUAUUAAGGGAAGAAGAGAUAUAUAGAACUAUUUUCUCUCUGUCUGUCCUUCUGCUCUCUCUCUCUCUCUCUAUAUAUAUAUAUAUAUAUACAGUAUAUAUAUAUAUAUAUAUAUCUCAUAAAAAAUGAAAUAAAAUGUAUAUUUGAAC